AAGGCAUAAUUUAUUAUAAAAAAAUAAAAACACCAAAAUGAAUGUUUCCUUCUUCAGCAAGUAUUCAAUAGCUUUUCUAUUUUCUAUUUCAUUCAUUCUUGGAAGAAUGCAUAAAAAAUAUAUAUACAUAAAAAAAGAAAGACAAAAAUUACAUUUUAUUUCUAAAAAGAUACAUAUGAAAUCCGAUCAAUGCAUGAGCAUGGACAAGAUCUGAUACAUACUCCCAACAUCUUCUCAUCAAACUCAAUGCUCCUUGACUAUCAAUCGAACAAUCUCAGCCGUUGAUCUUCCCCUUCCCUGAUCCAGAUCCAUGACCCUUAUGUCCUUCAUAUCUAGGGUUUCUAUUCCCAACGCGACUUUCACCACCCCGCCACCACCAUGUCUUCCAAGAUCAACGGCCACGUUUCGCCUCAGCCGUGUCCUCACCUCCUCGACUUCCGUUUCCGCAACGGCCCCAAGCCCUUUCGCGCCCUACAUGAUUGUAUCCGCGUCAAGCCGCCCGGCGGUCGCGCCGCCAUAAGGAGGGAACCUUCUGAGGUCCCACGAUGCGGCACGUGCGAGGAAUCUUCCCGUUCGAGACUCUACGCGUGCGUCGCAUGUGCCGCAGUGUUCUGUCACGCGCCUCUUCUUCACUCCCACGCGUCUGAUCACGCGCUUUCCAUCCCUGGUCAUGAGAUCGCUGUAGACGUCGACAGAGCUGAGCUAUUUUGCUGUGCGUGCGGUGACCAGGUAUACGAUCGCGACUUCGACGCUGCCGUCGUCCUCGCUCAGACUGUCAACGCCACCGCAACCACCUCCACUUCCGGAUCCACCGCAAUGCAGUGCAGCGUUGCUGGAUCUCAACCGGAGAAUCUACGAAAGCGCCGUCGAGUAGAUUAUCGUCCGUGGGAGCCAGAUUCAGGAGAACACAUCUCCAGGGGAAAUCAGUCGAUCCCUCUUCUGGACGCGACGAAUGCCUCAUUGGUUUCGUCAACACAACAACCUUGGGGAUUACGUGGAUUGAAUAAUUUGGGGAAUACCUGCUUUAUGAAUUCAAUAUUACAAGCGUUGCUCCAUACGCCGCCUUUGCGAAACUAUUUCUUAGGCGAUCGACAUAAUAGAUAUUAUUGUCAGCAAAAAAAUGGUGCUAUUAAUGGCACUAAAAAUUCAAGAUUGUGUUUGGCUUGUGACAUGGACGCGAUAUUCUCGGCUGUUUUCUCGGGGGAUCGGACUCCUUAUAGUCCAGCUAAGUUCUUGUACAGUUGGUGGCAACAUGCGGCAAAUUUGGCUAGUUAUGAGCAGCAGGAUGCCCAUGAAUUUUUCAUUUCCAUGCUUGAGGGAAUUCAUGAAAAGGUGGAGAAGGAUAAAAGGAAGUCCCAAAGUCCAGGCGGUGGAGAUUGUUGCAUUGCACAUAGAGUAUUUUCUGGUAUUUUGAGAUCGGAUGUCAUGUGUAUGGUUUGUGGUUUCACAUCCACAACAUAUGACCCAUGUGUAGACAUCUCCCUGGACUUGGAACCAAACCAAGGAGGUUCUGGGAAGUCUUCAUCUGCAAAAUCCCUUAAUUCUUGCAAUGUUGAGGCAGACUGUAUGCAUCCGAAUCAAAACGGUGGGAUAUCUACCUUAAACGGUUGCUUAGAACGAUUUACGAGAGCUGAAAAGUUGGGGUCUGACCAGAAAUUUUUCUGCCAAAAGUGUCAGGUGAGGCAAGAGUCCCUUAAGCAGAUGUCCAUAAGAAAGCUUCCCCUGGUUUCAUGCUUUCAUGUUAAAAGAUUUGAACAUUCAUCAAUACGAAAGAUGUCAAGGAAGGUUGACAGGUUUCUGCAGUUCCCAUUUUCAUUGGACAUGGCUCCUUAUCUUUCUUCUUCCAUUUUGAGGAGUCGAUUUGGAAACAGGAUUUUUCCUUUUGAUGGAGAUGAACAAGAUGCAUCCAAUGACUUGUCAACUGAAUUUGAGUUGUUUGCUGUUGUGACGCACUCAGGCAGAUUAGAUGCCGGCCAUUACGUGACUUAUUUGCGAUUAAGUAACCAAUGGUACAAGUGUGAUGAUGCAUGGAUUACUCCAGUUAAUGAGAGCAUCGUGAGAGCUGCACAAGGAUACAUGAUGUUUUAUGUACAGAAGGUGCUAUAUUAUAAAGAAAGUGAAAACCAAGGCACAUCAUGAUAUUGAUGAGAGAUAAGAAUUUGGUUGUUUGACUCAAAUCAUGCAAAGGCAUAAGGUGGUCUACAUCAUUUGAGAUUGUGAUUAAAUAUGGGCUAGUUUCGUAUACGAGGAAAACAAGUUGGGCCAGGUUUAAAUAUGGGCUAGUUUCGUAUACGAGGAAAACAAGUUGGGCCAGGUUGGUCAAAGUUGGGGACGGCUUGCUCUAUCAGUGCACUUCGAGGAUAAUUUAUAAUACUCAAUUAGAGUGUUAAGUGAGCCUAAAUUUUUGAGGCACUCCAAAUAUUCAGGAAAAUCAAGUUUAUGAGGUAUUGAUUCCUUAAAUUGAUUUCUGAAUUUCAUAGUCAAGUGUUGGCCUAUUUAUUCUUUUAUAUAUAUACAUAUAUAUAUACACCUUUGACCCUCUCAAAGGAUCCGCUGAGAGUUAUAGUAUACUAAUUGUUUCUCACAUGGAAUACCAUCAGACUGGAGUGCAAUUUUCCUUUUUUUGUCAUAGAGGCCAAGGUUUAUUUUGUUACUUGGAAAGCACUCAAUACAAAACCCUGAUUGUUGAUCUAAUAUUUACGUCUAUUAUGAACUCUGUAAAAAUACAAGCAGGCAAUAAAAUAUUUUAAGUUAAAUCUAAAA